AUGUUCCAGUUGCCCAUCCUGAACUUUAGCCCCCAGCAGGUCGCUGGGGUGUGCGAGACCCUGGAGGAGAGCGGGGACAUUGAACGCUUGGGUCGCUUUCUCUGGUCUUUGCCGGUGGCCCCAGCAGCCUGCGAGGCCCUCAAUAAAAAUGAGUCUGUGUGCUCCGCGCCAGGGCGAUCGUGGCUUUUCACACAGGCAACUUCAGAGACCUCUACCACAUAUUGGAGAACCACAAAUUCACCAAGGAGUCGCACACCAAGCUCCAGGCUCUGUGGUUGGAGGCUCAUUACCAGGAGGCAGAGAAGCUCCGGGGGAGACCCUUAGGGCCGGUAGACAAGUACAGGGUGAGGAAGAAGUUCCCAUUGCCCAGAACUAUUUGGGACGGAGAGCAGAAAACACAUUGCUUUAAGGAAAGAACACGGCACUUGCUUAGGGAAUGGUACCUACAAGACCCUUACCCCAACCCCAGUAAAAAAAGAGAACUCGCCCAGGCCACUGGACUUACCCCAACACAAGUAGGGAAUUGGUUCAAAAACCGAAGGCAAAGGGACCGAGCAGCAGCAGCCAAGAACAGGCUGCAGCAGCAGGUCUUGUCCCAGGGAUCUGGACGCUCAUUGGGCCCAGAUGAUCGAGGGGAACCGUUGGGCUCAGCCUCCAGUCCUGCAGCUAGCCUGUCCAGCAAAGCGGCCACCUCUGCCAUUUCCAUCACAUCCAGCGACAGUGAAUGUGACAUCUGA